UCUUAAAACUCAGUCGGGGUUAAGACAGGAGGUCUAUAAUCCAGAGGAAAAUGACACAUUAAAAUCAGAAAGAAAAAAAAAAAGACAACCCACCACACAACACACCUCAUUACUUCUGGCACAGGAUGAAGACAAGUCAAGCUCUUCAGCCAGUGAUUAUUGUCUAUUGUUCCCUGAACAGUAAACUACUAUUUAACUCUGAUAAUGUUGGACUAGAGUUAUAGUUAAGCAACCAGUUCCUCAUGAAUAUGAAGUGAAAGUCUGACCCAGAAAAGAAAGUCACAGGUGAAAGAAAGAAAGAAAGAAAGAAAGAAAGAAAGAAAGAAAGAAAGAAAGAAAGAAAGAAAGAAAGAAAGAAGAAAGGGAAAGAAGGCUUUAAUCCGUCUUGACACUCCUGAGUUCUGCAGACUACACAUUCUUCUACUCACUUCAGGAUGGGGACUCGGAGAUGCAGUGGCUGCCUCAGUUGCCUGAUAAUUCCCCUUGCACUUUGGAGCAUUAUUGUUAAUAUCUUGUUAUAUUUCCCAAAUGGACAGACAUCGUAUGCAUACAGCAACAAACUCACCAACUACGUGUGGUAUUUUGAAGGGAUCUGUUUCUCAGGCAUCAUGAUGCUUAUAGUAGCAGCAGCUCUCCUGAUAUUGGAGAGGGAUACACCAUAUAAAUGCUGUCGUAGUGAGAACUGCAGCAAAAAAUACAUGAGUUUACUCUCCAUUAUCUUUUCUGUCCUUGGAAUUGCUUUCUCUGGAUACUGCCUGGUGAUUUCAGCACUGGCCUUAGUGCAAGGACCAUACUGCCGUACGCGCAAUGGCUGGGAAUAUGUCUUUGAAGACACCACAGGGAGUUUCCUCAGUGAUCCUAGCACAUGGAGCCAUUGUCUAGAGCCUGCUCAUGUUGUCGAAUGGAAUAUUAUUUUAUUUUCUAUUCUCAUAACACUCAGUGGUCUCCAAGUGAUCAUCUCGCUCAUCAAAGUCAUCAUUGAACUCAGGAAGAUACUGUGCACAACCUACUCAGUCAUAAUACAGCCUGGAAUCAUUUGAAGGAGGAAACAAGGCUUUCCAUGGGUGCUGGACCUGGCCAUCAGCCUCACUUGUAGAGACUUGUGGAUACAGAUAUAAAUUCAAAUGACGUGAUUCCUUAUGGAUGCUCCUCAUUCUCCCCCAGAGCUAUCUCCUUUAUUAAAAGUCCAAACCUCACCUAAGGCUGUUAAUUAGUUGGUCAGUAAACAUUUAUUAAGCCUAUGUACCAGGCACCAUGCUAGGCAUUGCGUUAUGGGCUAAUCAUACGCUCAUGGAGCCAGAGCUAAAAAGUACCAUAGCAGCCUCCUAGAAGUCCAACCUCCUCAUUAACAAAGGGGGAAAAUGAGGCAUAGGGAGCUAAAGUGUUCACACAUGUAGUGAGUGUCAGAGGCAGGAUUUUAACCCAGAUCCUCUGACUCUAGGCCUGUGCUGUUUUUACCAUGAUGCCUCCCAUGAUUGGUCUAUCUUUCCAUUUUAUUCAGGUCAUUCCCAACCCUGAGAAGCAAGAGGCAGAAGGGAAGGAAAGCAAAAACUAUGUGAUCUAUAAAAUCUCUGUACAUGUAUUAUAUCUUUUCCUUUGCGGGGCAAUGAGAGUUAAGUGACUUGCC